AAUUCCGUAAAUUUUAUUUUAGGAAAUAAUAAAGAAUAUUAAUAAUAAAUUUAUUGUUAGUUUAAUAAAAAACUUAUCAUAUAAUUAGAUGGACUAACAUAUUUCUCUAAUGAUUCUAAAAAUCAUCCUAGUGAUGACACGUGGCUACAAAAAGAAAGUUGUAAUGCUUAUCAAAUAAUAUAUAAAGGAUGAGUAGCUAGAAUCAGACGUCCUUCUUAAAUGUGGCAAUAUAGUACUAUAUAAACUUAUAAAGUGUAUAAUUUGUAAUGAAAAUUUUAAUAUUAAUCACCCACUCUUUAUACAGUAAAAUGAGUUUAGCAAUGUAUUUACUAUGACUUGACGUAAAAUUUACCAGUGCCAAAAAGUGAAAUGUGACCAAAGAAUAGUCUGUUCUGAUUUAAGUUUUUGCUCGAAUACAAAAAAUUAGUUAAUCAAACAGGCCCCGUUAAAUGUGACUAACAUGGAGAUAUAACGAAUAGUAGUAUUAUAUAUAUUUACAAAAACUAGUUAACUUGGUUUUAGGGUUAAGGGAUAUAUGCACAUGGAUCACUCAUUGCUACGUGAUUUCCAAGCGAAGAACACAUGACUUCCUCUCUGACUUUUAUAUGAUUGGCUCAUGAGCUUUGGAAGAAGAGAAACAUAGCUUCAUCAAGCUACGUAGAAGAAGAUAAACGAGGCUCCAACAUGCUACUUGUGAUAUACUUCAUCAGCUUAUCCGAUGCAUGCUGACAAACGUGGAUCAUCAAGUUAAUACGAGUUCCCAGCCGACAAAGUGAUAUUAAACAACCUGUCCGGCUGUGGCUGUCCCACAUGUUACUUGUAAUCCUUGCUAUAUUAAAGAAAAAACAUUGCAAUAAAUACGUCCACACUAUAAUAGAUACGUAGGAGCCUCACGGCGAUUUGAGAAUGAACACGUUCAGGUGUCACGUGUAUAGAGUUUAUUAGCCGAACUCUACAUAAAUGUAUUCACACUAUGUACUUUACUUUUUGUUUUUAAAUAUAAAACUCACAUGUAAGGUUCCAAUAAAACUCACACUAUCAAGAUUUUUCGAUGCGAAUCAAAACGGAUAAUGAAUUGAAAGUCCAGUUAUACAUAUAUUAUUUUUAUUAUUUACGGAUAGGCUCGGCAAAAUAUUCGUAAAAUUUUUAUUCGAUUCAUUUUCCGUUAUGAUUUGAACCGAAAAAUUUGGAUACCCGUAAGCAAAUCAAAUACUAAAAUGCAAAAUAUGUUACAAACGAAGCAAAUCAAAAAUACUAAUAUUUUUAGGAACGUAUAUCUGAUUCGAUCAGUUAUAUGCAUAUAUAUAUAUACAUAUAUUUAAAGAAGUAUAUAUAUAAUUUAUAUAUAUUAUAGUUUAUAUAAUUUUACAAUAUUUUUAUAUAUUAAAUUUAUUAUGUUAGGUAUUGGAAUUUAAAAUUUAAAUAAUUAUUUAUUUUGUAAUGAAAUAUUAUUAUUUUAUAUUAUUUUUAGAUUUUUAAUUUUUUCUAAAUUUUUUUUAUUUUAUUUACGGAUCAAAUCGAAUAUCCGUAAAAAUUCUAAAAUUAUCCGAAUAUUCGAGACACCAAAUAUCUGGGUGGCUAAGGAUCGAAUCGGCACUAAUACCUCCAAAUACCUGGAUAUUUGAUCUGUGCCCACACUUAUUUACUGAUUCAAUUUGAUUUUCUUUAUAUGGAAGAAAAUUCACUAAUGUCUAGGCUUAUUUUAUUUUUAAUUAAUUUUAUUUUGAUAAUUUUAUAUUUCAUAUGUUAUUUUGAAUAAAAAUUCAUUUAAUAUUGAUUAACAUUGUCUUUAUAUAUUACCAACCACUUUUAUAUACUUUACAUACCUGUACACGUGGACGUUGACAUGAACACAUAUAUAACUAAAUAUUCACCACAACUGAAGUAUCUAAUUCUUUUGAAAGUUGAAAUAUUCUUUUUAAUGUUUUUUUUUGCUAUCGACCAAAUUGUAGUGAAAUGAUUUUUUUUAAUAAUUUUAUUUUCUUUUUCUUUAACUAUUAUAUGUUUAGAAACUAUAAUAUGAAACCAUUGGUUCGACAUCAUGACUAUUUAAAAUUCAUAUAAUAUGAAACCAAACAAUAAUAAUAAUUUUUGGUUAUCACCGAAAAAAACAAAAACAUCAACAAUUUUAACCAAACAAACCAAAAUAAAUAUUGAUUUAGAAUUAUAACUAUAUUUUAGGAGAUUAAAAACAAAAAAAAAAACCUAAAUCCGAACCGAUAUUCAGAUUAAACAUAUUUAAUGUCUUCUUAUUAAAAAAUAACAAAACUAAUAAUCACAUUCCGCGUAAGGCACAAGUUAUUACCUAGUUUUAGUAUUAUUAGCUAACCCGAAAUAUAAUAUUGGAAGAUAAUGAUAUAUGUUUCACCUAAUCAUAUUCUCAAAAUAUAUAUUUCACAAGUGUCUAACUUUACUAGAUAAACAGACACAUUUAGUCAUUAAGUUAAAUAAUUAACGAUGGAAGUUUUACUCCCACACCCUUCAAACUCAUCUCCGCUGACUGUUCUCGGUUUCUUGGACCGAGCCGCCUCCGUUUACGGUGACUCUCCUUCCCUCCUCCACGAUACCACCACCCAUACUUGGUCUGAAACCCACUCUCGAUGUCUCCGAGUCGCUUCGACUCUAUCUUCCUCCUCCCUCGGAAUCAACCGUGGCCAAGUUGUCUCCGUUAUUGGUCCCAACGUUCCUUCUGUCUACGAGCUUCAGUUCGCGGUCCCAAUGUCUGGAGCAGUCCUCAAUAACAUCAACCCUCGUUUAGACGCUCAUGCACUCUCUGUUGUUCUACGUCACAGUGAAUCCAAGCUCGUUUUCGUCGACCAUCACUCGAGUUCUUUAGUGCUCGAAGCUCUCUCGUUCUUCCCCAAGAAUGAGAAGCCUCGUCUCGUCCUCCUCCAAGAUGACAGCAACAUAUCCGGCUUAACCAAUAUGUCGGCCUCUUCGUCUGCUGACGUGGAUUUUCUCGACACUUACGAAGGUGUUAUGGAGAGAGGAGACCCGAGGUUCAAGUGGGUCCGUCCUAACAACGAGUGGAACCCAAUGGUUCUUAACUACACUUCCGGAACGACGUCAUCUCCUAAAGGUGUGGUACUUAGUCACAGAGCAGUUUUCAUGAGUACCGUUAACUCUUUGCUCUACUGGUCUAUGCCUAACCGACCAGUCUACCUAUGGACCCUACCGAUGUUCCACGCCAACGGUUGGGGCUACACAUGGGCCACAGCCGCUGUGGGGGCCACAAACAUUUGUGUCCGAAGAGUAGACGCUCCGACCAUUUUCGAGUUGAUAGACAAACAUCAAGUGACUCACAUGUGCGCCGCGCCGAUGGUUCUCAACAUGUUGACUAACUAUCCAGCUCGGAAACAGCUUAAACGGCCGGUCCAGGUUAUGACAGCUGGAGCUCCACCUCCGGCCACGGUCAUUUCAAGCGCCGAGAGUCUAGGUUUUGAUGUGGCUCACGGUUAUGGGCUGACAGAAACUGGUGGUCUAGUUGUCACAUGUGCUUGGAAGCCGGAGUGGGACGGGCUAGGACAAGACGAGAGAGCCAAGCUGAAGUCAAGGCAAGGAAUCAGAACCGCGGUAUUCGCGGAAGCUGACGUGUUGGACACGCUAACGGGAAAGAGCGUGAAGCACGACGGAGUAACUGUGGGAGAGAUUGUCUUCAGAGGUGGUUGUGUCAUGUUGGGUUACUACAAAGACCCGGAAGGGACCGCGGCGAGUAUGAGAGAAGACGGAUGGUUCUACACUGGAGACAUUGGUGUGAUGCACCCUGACGGUUACUUGGAAGUCAAGGAUAGGUCAAAAGAUGUGAUCAUAUGCGGAGGAGAGAACAUAAGCAGUACUGAAGUUGAGACGGUUUUGUACACGAACCCGGCGGUUAAGGAAGCAGCUGUGGUGGCUAAACCGGAUAAGAUGUGGGGAGAGACUCCUUGUGCGUUUGUGAGCUUGAAGUGUAGUGAUGGUGGGUCAGUUACUGAGAGAGAGGUAAGGGAGUUUUGUAAGAAGAAGCUACCAAAGUAUAUGGUUCCAAGGAAUGUGGUUUUCAUGGAGGAGCUUCCAAAGACUUCUACUGGAAAGAUUCAGAAGUUUCUUCUCAGACAAAUGGCUAAGUCUUUGCCUUGAUUGAAACACACAAUCUUAUAACACUGUACGGUUACCUAAAGUACAAGUCUCUGGUUCAUUACUUUGUUUCUAUUUUCUUGUCGCCGAUCACUAAAGGUUUGUCCGGUUCAUAGCUUUAUUUGGUUCAAGUA